AUGUCGCCGUCUGCCAAUGCGUUGAUCCUCUUCGCCGCACAGACGCUACGGUCCAAGAUUCAGCUACAGCUGUCAGCUCUUGAUUCGUCAGCGCGAGCCGCACUGCUAUCUGCUCUCUUCUCCCUCUUCCAAUCAUUCUGCUGCGUUUCCAACCAGCACCAGGUUCUCCUUCAAAUCUGCGCGUCCAUCUCAGCGCUUCUCCUCCAAUCUCCGGGCACUGCGGCUGACUUGGAGGCCAGGCUAGAAGCUGCCACGUCAGCAGCGGAAGGCGGAGGGGGAAGUGUGUGGGGGAUGAUGGGGGGAGUGGUGGAGCUACUGGGGGCGGUGGGGGACGAGUGCACGGACGAGCAGCGGUGGUCCGUUGGGGUGGUAACCCUGCAGCGCAAACACGUCUUCUGCAUGGAGAUCCUGUCCCACAGCAAAUUCGUGGCCAUGCUGCUGCAGAAAGCUUCGUCAUUGUCACUCUCAGCACUGUCACAGUCCCAAACAGCACCAGGAGCAGCAGCAGAAGCAGCGGAUCGUUCUGUCGGCCUCAGCCUGCUGCACAAGACGCUCAGAUGCCUCUUCACAUGGGUGCGGAUUGGUUUCCUCACGGACCUGUUAGCAGCCGACACGUGGCAGUCACAUGUGCUGCCAUUGGUGGAGCUGGCUGCUGAUUCCCUCCAGGAGGCAAGUCUGUGCGAGGUGGCAACAGAAGUGGUGGGCGAGAUGGCCAGCCGCCACGAGUCCCUACUCCCAGCCAUCACCCCCCGCCUCCUCUCCUCCUUCUCCCAAGCCGCCAUCACCCACCCCGACGCCUUUCCUCCCCUCGCCUCGCCUCCAUCCAAUGCUUCUGCUUCUGCUGCGGCUGCGUCACCAUUUGCCAGUGGUGCUGCUGGUGGCGCUGGUGGCGGGGGCAGUAGUAUGGAUGAGGAGGAGCGAGAGAGGCUCGUGGCUGCUUUUGCGUCGGCUAUAGCCGAUGUUGGCCUGGCGCAUCAGCUGCAGCCCUGCAUCGCCACUUUCUCACCAGGCCACUCCCUCUUUCCAACCCGCCUUCUCAGAUGUGCGUCGGUGCGCUCCUCCGAUCACCGCAUCGCCAUAUCCCUGCUACCCCUCUGGUCAGGCCUGAGCGAGUUUCUCUCCUCCUGCCUCAACAACCCAUCAUCGCCCUCGCCACCGGCGCUAUCAGCCCAGGACGCAGCAGCGACACAGGCCAUUCUCCUUGCCGCUCUGCCCCUGUGCCUCUCGCAUGCCAAGGUGGGUUACGAUGGAGGAAUGGCAAGAGGCGCAUGGGAGGGGGCAGAUGAAGCAGCAGAUCAGCAGCCGGAGGAGACGCUGGUGGAUUUGAUGAGAGCAGUGGGGGCGGCGAGCUACCUCACUUGUGUCACUAUUGCUUGGCGCUGCGAGCCACCUUCAAUCAAACAUGUCCGUUCUGCCUUUCCUGCUGCAUGCGCCCAUGGUUCCCCUCCCCCCAUCCCUGCUGCCUGCCUGCAGGCGGCACCAGUCCUGCUAGCCUCUCCCACCCCUCAACCCCACCAACUGCUUACCGACCCUUCAGCACUGGAGCUGCAGCUCUUCGCCUCCCAGGCCGUUGGCCAGGUGGCGGAUUCUGAUAGGCCAGAGGACGUGGCAUGGGCGUGUCAGGUGCUCUCAGCAGUUGCCGCCGUUGCAGCUGCUGUUGCUACAGCUCCCCAGCCUUCCAUUCCUCCCCGGCUACAGCCAUGGGUGCACCGAGCAGUAGCAGCCAAUGUGUUGGCAUACCUCUCCUUCCUCCCUCGUGUUCCAGCCAUCGUCCCUGCCUUGCUACAAUCCCUCUCGCGAGGGCUGCUGCCUCCCACAACGCAGCAAGCAUCCCCCGCAGGAGCCACACCCGCACCUGCAAGGGGCGGCAGGAGGGUCAGCAGCAGCAGAGGUGGCAGUGGCAGAGCGAGUGAGCAGGCCACAUCUGCGUGUGCUGCUGCUCUCUGCGCCCUGUGUGAGGCACACAAUGCCAAUGACUCUGCUGCGGUUGCAUCAGCGUCGUUGAAUGAAGGCUUGGCGGCACAGCUAGUGGCUGUGGGGGAGACCCUACACCUGGCGCCGCUACAGCCGAAGCAGGAGGCGGACGUCAUCACAGCAGUGGCCUCCGCUGUUUCCUCCCUGCCGCCGUCCCACCUGCUGCUCGCACUGCAGCGCCUGCUGCAACCCAUCCUUGCAACCCUGCACGCCUUCUCCGCACAACAACUGACCAACAAGAGCUGCUGUGAGGCUGCUGCUUCCUUCACCAGGCUCACCAUUCUCUUGGAGCACAUUCGCCUACCGUCACCCGAGGUUCAGAGGCAGGACCACCAGCUGCCUCAGUACCUUCAGCAACUGCCCCCCUCGCUACGGUCACAUCAAAUGCAAUCAUCAGAUCCGCGGCUGCAACAACCAGGGGAGACACAUGGGGGGAUCCAAUCGUUCCUGCUCUCUGCCUGCUGGCCGCACCUGCAAUUCCUCCUCUCCCUCCCCUCCUCCUCCUCCUCAUCUUCCCCUGCUCUCGAUCGUGAUGCCCUGACCUCUGCGGUGGCUGCUGCUGCCCGCUGCCUUGCUCCACUCGCGACACUCUCAGGUGAUCUGCACUCUCAGGUGAUCCCUCGCCCCUUUUAUCACCCUCCGGGUCCAACCGUCCUCCCCUGCAUUCACCCUACCCUUACCUCUCUCGAAACCCCUGCAUGUCAUGUCCCGCCAAUCCACCACCUCUUCACCUUCCUCCCUUGUUCAAACCGUGUCCAACUCCUUCCCUUCCCUUCCCCACAACACCCAAUCCCACCAGGCCCGUCCAUCCUUCGCUGCACCGACCCCAGCCUUACCUCUCUCCAAUCCGCCUUCUCUGCUGCCGACCCAUCUCCCUCCGUUGCUCACAACAUCUCCCUCUCUCCUUCCCUUCCCCACAACACCCCAUCCCACCAGGCCCAUCCUUUCUCCCCUGCACCAACGCCUGCCAGCGUGGCACUUAAAGCCCCCAAGGGCGCAGAGCAGCAUCCGGAGCUCACGGAAGCACUGCUACACUUUGCAACGUUUCUGCUCGGCCUCGUGCCCCCUGCUCACCUGGCGGCAGACCCCUCUUCACCCGUGCUCCCACCGCUCUCCCACCUGCUACAAGUCGCACCUCCUGCCUGCACGGCAGCACACAGGGGAGUGUCUGCCUCCUCCUUCGCCUUCAUCUCAGCCCUGAUGACAGCAGCGAUACAGCAGGCUGGGGCUCUCUCGUUACAGUCACAGUCACAACCCCAGGCACAGCAGGGGGUGCCUCCCCUGGUGCAGCUGUGCACGGCACAUGGCGCUCUGCUCUCCCACACGCUCGUCGCUGCCCUGCUGGGUCCAAGCGCAGUUUCACGGGUGCACAAGUGUGUGAGCCUGCUGCAGCAACUCUUCCACGUGUGCUGCUGUGCGGCUCGAGCAAGCGGUUCCUCUCACACGCCAGCGUCAGCAGGAGCUGAAGCUUCAGCGGCAGCAGUGCAGGCAGCACUACCGCCCAUGCACCAAUGGCUUGUGGCAGCGUUUUCCGCCUUGCCACCUGGCUUCCUGAGAGCAGGAGAGGCGGAGGCGGUCCUCCCUGCGUGGCUCACACAGCUUGCCUCGUCUCCUCCACCUCUCGAUGGUUCGUCAUCCGAGGUUGAGUGGGGCAACACCCGCAUGCUGAGACGGCUGCUGCGGAGCUUUGCGGAUUCACACAGGCACACAGCCGUUGCCAUUGCUUCUGGUAGUCGUGUCAAGCAGCUAUUGGAGGACGAGGUGCGGCGCGAUCUGGGGCUGUCGGCGAUUCGUCUGCGGUUCACCGCGAACGGCGCGCUGGAGCACUGCAGCUUGUUUUCGGAGGCCGGCGGCCGGCACAGCUGCAACCAGGACUCCAUGAUCGCAUGGGAGGAUUUUAACGUCCCAGAAAUCGCGGGUCGCGUGAAAGGCCGCAUGCCUCCUGGCGCUGCGUCUGACGUCAUUUUCUGCGCCGUAUUCGACGGUCAUGGGCCCAACGGCCACCUCGUUUCGCAGCGCGUGCGCGACUCGCUCCCGAGCCGCAUUGCGUCGCUUCUCGCGCCGCCUCCGGUAGCAACCGUGUCGCCAUAUGGCCACCUCGACAAGUGCGCGCCGCCGAUGGCGCCUGCAAGCGACCAGCUCUUGCAGCGGCUCGGAGUUAAUGGAGGCAGCAGCAAGAGCAAAGGCGCUUCGGGAAAAGUCCACCCGCUGGGAGUAGCCCCGGCCUAUGGCGGCGAUGGCGGGAUGACGUUGCAGCGGUCGCGAUCCGCCAAUUCUCUAGAAAAUUCCGCGCCUCGGGGUUCCGUUUCCCCCUAUCACUCGUCCUCGUCGUCAGCAUCCUCUGCAGCGGCAGCGGCGGCGGCAGCGGCGGCCGAGGCGUCGAGGGAGGCGUCGAAGGCGCAGGUGGAGCGCGCGUUUCGGCGCGCGUUUCUGGAGAUGGACGACGAGCUGCGCAGCCACCCGCACGUGGACGGCCACGUCAGCGGCAGCACAGCCGUUGUCGCUGCCCUGCUGGGCCGUCGAUUGGUGGUGGCGAGCAUUGGGGAUUCACGCGCAGUAUUGGCGUAUCGUUGCAAGGCGGGCCACGCCGUUACCGGGACGGCUGCCCCCAUUGGCGGCAUGCAGUGCAAACCUCUCACCAACGACCACAAGUGCAGCGUCGCAACCGAGCGAAAGCGAAUUGAGCAAGCUGGAGGGCGGGUCCAGGCGUCAGAACAUGAGCCAGGGACCCCACGAAUCUGGUUACCGCGGGAGCGAAGCCCUGGUUUGGUGCCGUCGCGAGCGUUCGGCGACUUCGUGGUGAAGGAUUAUGGGGUGAUCGCCGAACCUGAUAUCCUGAUUCGGCACCUCACUUUGGAAGACGAGUUCAUUAUCCUCGCUUCAGACGGGCUUUGGGAUGUCAUGACCCCUCAAGAAGCCAUGUCAGCGGUGCUAGCCGCCCCAACCCGUCAGACUGCCGCGCGGCAUCUCAUUGCUCAGGCUCGCAGCAUCUGGGCGGCAAAGCACCAGUCAGAAGGCAACGAGGAAGCGUUUGACGAUACGGCGAGCAUAGCUAGUAUGGGAACUGUGUGCACGGAGGCAUCGUUUGGUACGGUGAUCUACUCAGAAACAGAUUACAAGCUGACCCGUACGGAAGCAGAUUACAAGCCGAGCCGAGUGGCAGCAGCAGAGGAGACCAAUCCUCCUGUGGUGCUCACCCCUCCUGUGUGUGAGGAUGGGUUUUAUCGUGAUGACACAAUCCGGGUGCCUGUAGAGAGGCAGGUGGAGAGGCAGGCAGAGGGCGGGGAGAAGGAGAACAUGGGGAACGGAGAUGGAGGGAGAUCAGUGUUGGGAAGCAUGGGCCAGGGCAUGAGCAGCCAGGAUAGCAGCAGCAGCAGCGCCAGCGGCAGUGUUGGUUUCAGCAAUAAUGAUAGCAAGAAGCAAGGCGUCAAUGCGGAGGGGAGGCGAAGCAUUCUCGGGCUGUUUUACAAUGGUGAAGUUGCUGCCUCUGCCUCUGCAUAUGCAUCUCUUGGUAGCUCCAAGGUGGUGCCACUGCCACUUGACGACCACACCAAGCAUGCGCCUGAAAACCCUCCUGGAAACCCGACUGAGAAAGCACCUGGGAAUCCACCUGUCACCAUCACCAUCUGCUCUGCUGAUGGUACACUCCUGACGGCUGCUGAUGCUCGAGUCAUGGCUCCCCCCAUGCGCUCUCGCAGUCUAACUGCCCUGUCUGCCUGCAUGGGUGGCGGCAUGGCUGGCAUGGGCGGCACCGACAGCAUGGCCGGCACGGGCGGCACCGGAACGGCAUGUAUGGGUGUCUCCUUGAGGGAAGGUCUGGGAAGCGAGACCAGCAGCAGUUGCGCCGGCGGGAAUGGCUAUGGCUGCACUAACACGAGGGCAGCGGAUCGCUACGUGAGUCUGGAGAGGGGGGUUGCUGUAGAGGCAGGGGACGGAGCAGAGGACGAGGUGGGGAGUAAAUGGGGUGGUAAGUGGGGGAGCGCAUGGGAGAGCAGCGGAGCGGGGUGUGGUGCGGCUAUGCAGUAUGCAGUGGCACGGCUGGGUUUGGACAUAUUGUGGCACAAAUGCUGGCGCACAGAGCCAUGA